CUUCUACCACUUAUGAGGCGAGAGAGAGAGAGAUAGAGAGAGAGUGUGGAGAGAAGAAGAAAAGAGAAAGAAAAAGAAAAAGAUGGAGAUUAGGAUGAAACAAGUGCGUGAAAGAUCGACAGAAAGUGUCAGUGGACUUACCAGGGAGAUUAUGUCCAAGCCUUCGACCAACGUUAAGGCCCUUCAGGCUAAUUUGAACAUCCCGAUGGGAGCUCUGCGUCCAGGGGGGGGACAUCCUGUCAAAAGGAGAGAGGAGACAGUAGACACAGAAGAGGCUCAGUCACCAGACCAGCCCUGCGCCGCACCCCAGACGCCAGAGGAGAAGAAGGCGUUGCCGGGUGCGGUGAAACUGCCUGGGCCUACUGUUAACCUAUCAGAGCUGCAGAACGUCAAGAGCGAACUACGAUGGGUCACAAAGGACUAACAUGAUCCCCGGCCAGGCGGAGAGGAAGGCAGAUAAUCUCCAUGGACACAGACUUGCCCACUGCCACUGACGACUAGCAAACUACAAUCUAAUGCCGACAUGUUCGGAAACAGCAACAGCUUUCUGUGAAGCCAACGUCUGACCACCAAGAAGCAGGCAUCCAUCGAGUCUUUCAGUCAGCACUCUAAUAGGUUAAACACUAAAAUAUCUUUAUCUUACCAUGUCAGUUGAGAUGGUUUUGUCACUAAAUCCAAAACAUAAUUUGUACAAAGAGAAAAGUACUGUUGAGAUAAAAAGAGAUGUUGUGAGUUGUUUCUGCAGCAGAUAAGACUCCACUUUACUUGGACUUUUAGAAGUAAGUAAGUUGUAUUGCAAUAAUAAUAAUAAUAAUAAUAAUAUUCUACUGCAUAUUCUUUACAUUUAGUAUUUUUAAGCUGGUUAAGGACUUUUUUUUGACAAUUUACAUCAAUUCAAAGAAUCCGCUUGGCAAAAAACCAAACACUUAUAACUCUGUGAUGACCAACUGUAAAGACACUUCUUUUCCACACUGUCAAAACACCAACUGUUCAGCAGCACUGAUUUUUACUGAUACUUUCUAUUAAAUUAUUAAUGUAUAAAUGUAACAAUUUCCAGUGGGAUUUAAAUUCAAUUGUACUACUUUUUUGGGGGGGAUUAUACUGUUUUGUUGUUUCAUUAUUAUGAUUCCCAGAAACUGGUAUCUUCAGGAAAAUAUUGCAAUAAAUCAAGAUGGUCUAUCUGUCUAA